AUGGCCCGCGUCCGCGGCGAGGGUUCACGCGCCGGCGCCGUCCGCAAGCCCACCGAGUUCUGGUACGAUGUGCCGGGCACCGAGAGCGACUUGAUCCUCGACGAGCAGCACGAGGCCGAGGACAACGACGCCGAGGACAUUUCGACCUCUGCCCAUGCCAAAUUUGAGCAGUUCCGCGAGUACAGAGAGUAUGCCCGUCUUGCGGCGUGGCAGCUGCCUUUACUGUCCAAGCUUGCGAAACCGUUUGAACCCCCGACGGCGGAAGAGCCCCUGCGCUUCCGCUACACGACGUACAUGGGCGAGACGCACCCGGCCGAGAACAAGGUCGUGGUCGAGUUCUCGCCGCGCGACCUGCCGCUGACGGAACCGCAGCAACUCAAGCUCAAGAAGCUGCUGGGCGUGCGGUACAACCCGGAGACAGAGAUUGCCAAGAUCAGCUGCGAGCAGUACGAGCACCAGGCGCAGAACAAGCGCUACCUGGGUGACCUCGUCGAUAAGCUCAUUGUCCAGGCCAAAGACACCACCGACACAUUCGAAGACAUCCCGCUCGACACGCGACACCACAAGUUCAAGCCCAAGAUCAGGUUUCCGGUCGAAUGGCGCAUGUCCGAGGAGCGCCGCAAGUUCAUCGACGAGACACGCGAGAAAUCACUCCUGCUCGACCAGAGCAAGACUGAGGAGGGCAGCCUGAUUGACGGCAAGAAGCUCAUUGAGGAAUCCUUCGCCGCCCGCGAGAAGCAGCUCGCCAAGGAGAGACAACAGCAGCAGCAGAGGACGCCGCUGCCGGCGUUUGCUGGCCGUGGUGGUGCCAAGGGAAGACCUGGCGCGCGCUUCUAA